UCCUCCAGUCCUCCUCCUUGUGUAGUAGAGUAGGCAGGGGACGAUGAAGAGCCUGCUUGGGGAGGAGCGCAGCUUCAUCGUCGAGAGCGAUGACGAUGACGAGGAAGACCCAACCCACGGGGACGCUGGCGCCGCUGAGGAGGACGAUGGGUCAUCCUCGGACUCCUCCUCCUCCUGCGCCACACCGCGCGCCCGUGGUAGCGACGGCAGCCACCCCAACUCGUACACGAACCAAUGGCCCCAGAGUUACAGGCAAUCGAUCGACAUUCUUAGUAGCGUGCAAUCUCCAAGCCUGAGUUUCCUGGGGACGCCGACCCUAAGCAGACUUUCUAACUCUUUCGUCAACUCCUCAUUCCGAGGCAAAACCCCCGAGAUCAUCUCCAAUCUCGUGAAGCCACUCCUACGCCCGACUACAAGCGAUGAGCAGCAGCAGCAGCAUGAAGAUGUCCACAAGAGUUCUCAGUACCUUCUCCCAUCGAAGAAACCAUCUCUGCAACAGAUUCCAGAGAAUCAAAAAGCACCGGCAAUUGGUCAUGGGCCUUCUCCCUAUCAACAAUGCUCUUACACCCAGGGAGCGAUGAAUGGAAUAAAUGUUCUAUGUGGUGUCGGAAUCCUAUCGACACCAUAUGCCAUUAAGCAAGGGGGCUGGGUCGGACUGGUGAUACUAGUUGUAUUUGCUGUGCUCGCAUGGUAUACUGGUGUACUGUUGCGCCAUUGCCUAGACAGCACGGAGGGUCUUCAGACGUACCCGGAUAUUGGUCAUGCCGCCUUUGGCACCUACGGCCGCAUAGCUAUCUCGAUAAUCCUAUAUGUGGAACUGUAUGCAUGUUGCAUCGAGUAUUUGAUAUUGGAAAGCGACAAUCUAUCAAAGUUAUUUCCCAAUGUACACAUAUCCAUAGGGGGCUUGACACUGAACUCCCAUGUAUUUUUUGCAAUCUUGACCACCCUCAUUGUCAUGCCAACCACUUGGCUCCGUGACCUGACCUGCCUAAGCUACAUUUCAGCUGGAGGUGUGGUUGCAACAAUCCUUUUAGUAAUCUGCCUAUUCUGGAUCGGGGUUGUUGAUGAUGUUGGCUUUGAGAACAAAGGGUCUACAUUAAACCUCCCAGGAAUUCCCAUUGCAAUUGGAUUGUACGGUUAUUGCUACUCGGGGCAUGGGGUGUUCCCAAACAUCUAUUCUUCUCUAAAAAAUCGCAACCAGUUUCCUUCCAUUAUGUUCACUUGCAUUGGGUUAUCUACUGUUUUGUAUGCUGCCGCUGCAGUGAUGGGAUAUAAAAUGUUUGGUGAAUCCACCGAGUCUCAGUUCACACUUAACUUACCACAGAAUCUGGUGGUUUCCAAGAUUGCCAUUUGGGCUACAGUAGCAAAUCCAAUAACCAAAUAUGCGUUAACCAUAACCCCUCUGGCUAUGAGUUUGGAAGAGUUGCUGCCCCGAAGUCAGCAGAAGUACUCGAACAUAAUCUUGCUUAGAUCAGCCCUGGUGAUAUCAACCCUCAUCGUUGCUCUAUCGGUUCCCUUUUUUGCACUUGUGAUGGCUCUGAUUGGUUCUUUACUCGCCAUGCUUGUGACCUACAUUCUACCCUGUGCCUGCUUUUUGGCUAUCCUUAAGACACAAGUGGCUUGGUAUCAGGUUGUGGUCUGCUCAUUCAUCAUUGUCGUAGGGGUUACCUGUGCUUGCGUGGGGACAUACUCAUCCAUCUCUGGGAUUAUCCAGAACUACUGAGGGGUGGAGAGAAUUAACCGAAGAAAGCCCAAAAGAGAAGAUUGCGCGCUCAACUACAUUAUUAUACAGUAUGUGUGAUUAAGCUAUCUAUGAGCGGGGCAUAUAAAUUUUUCCCAGCAAUGAAGUCAAACCUACCGAUAUAUAUAUGAUGUAAAAUUAAGUUUCUAUCCUUAUUUUACUUGUGGCAACUCCAUGCAUGUAUGAUACGAUUGUGUGUUGAUGGAUUUUUAUCGUUACCAGUUGCUAGUUUUGCUACAUAA